CCUGGAAUUAUCUCAUGUCCUUAAAUUUCCUUGACAAAACCCAAAAAUUCCUGCAACUUCCUAAAUUUGUUGAUGUCAUUCAUUAUGAAUAUUGCGCCUUAGUUUCAAGAAAAGUGCAUUAGCCUUAAAUAUGUCUAAAUAUUGAAUAUGUUUUAAUUCAUAUGUCAUUUUUUGCUCAACUGAUUACACAAAAUAUAUGCAGGUAUACAUAUAGACUAAAAAUAAUUAUUUACAACAUUUAAGUAUUUCCACAAUAUUUCGGUCAAUCUAUCAUGUAUAUUCUUUUCUCGCGAAAUGAUUUGACUUAGAUGUAAUGUUUAUUUCGUUCUGUAUUAAUCAAAGACUACUCGCGGACAAAAUAAAAGUCAGGUGACUUCUUCACGUUAGACGCUACACAUCAACAAAAGCAAAAUGUUUUGUCGAAUUUUACCCAUUUUCGUCCUGGUAGCAUCAUGUUUUGCUGCCUAUACUCCAGAUGAAGUACUCACAUUACCUGGUAUUCCUGCUGGAGCUCCACCUUUCAAGCAAUAUUCGGGAUAUCUGAAUGCGACCGGUGACAAACAGUUCCAUUAUUGGUUUGUUGAGUCCCAGAGUAACCCAGCUCAAGACCCUGUCGUCCUGUGGUUAAACGGUGGACCAGGGUGUAGCUCAUUGGAUGGAUAUCUCGAAGAGUUGGGUCCAUUUCAUGUGAACAACGAUGGUGCCACUCUGUACCUCAACGAGUACAGCUGGAACAAACAGGCCAAUGUCAUCUUCUUGGAGAGUCCAGCCGGUGUUGGUUUCUCUUAUUCACCUUCAGGAGACAUCAAGACAAAUGAUGACAAGGUGGCAGAGGACAACUUCCAGGCUCUUAAGAAUUUUUUCGUCAAGUUCCCUGAGUACCUGAACAACACAUUUUACCUUACCGGAGAGAGCUAUGGAGGCAUCUACAUCCCAACUCUAGCUGUGAAGAUCUUGAAUGGAAAUACAUCAAUUAAGAUGGAGGGUUUUGCCAUUGGAAAUGGUCUUCUGAACAUAACAAGCAACGUCAAUUCUGCUGUCUACUAUGCCUACUACCAUUCAAUAUUCGAUCAGGACGUUUGGAACGAUCUUCAGACAUAUUGUUGUCAAGAUGGAGUUUGUAAUUUCUUCCAGCCCACAGACCAGCAAUGCAAAGAUGCUAGUGAUGUAGCCAAUUCCUUUAUAUCGAGCAGUGGCAUCAAUACGUACUCUAUAUAUCAGGACUGUGCAGGAGGCAUCCCGACCCAGCUCAAGAGAUACCAAUUCGACCUUCGGUCUGCGCUGGGAAUCCAUUACAAGAUUCCAGAUAGGGGAUCAGUGGCAAAAGGUGGAGCUAAUGUUUCUUUGAGUUCAACGCACUAUGCUUCCCAUGGUUUUAUGACUCCUAAAGAAGUGAACGCUGGAUGCUCUAAUUCCACCGCUGUGACAACUUAUCUUAGUCGGGACGAUGUUAGGCUUGCUCUCCAUAUCCCUGUGACUGUACAACCCUGGCAGGUCUGCAGCGACACGGUCGCUGCCAACUACACCAUGCAGUACCAGACAGUGAAGCCUCAGAUCCAAGCCAUGCUCACCAAAUACAGAGGGCUCUUCUACAACGGUGACACGGACCUUGUCUGCAACUUCUUGAGCGCGCAGUGGUUUGUGAAAGACCUGCACCAAGCAGAGAAGACACCCCGGCGCCCCUGGAGGGUGGGCUCGCAGGUCGCUGGAUUCGUCCACGACUUCUUGAAUGUGACGGUUGCCACGGUGAAGGGGUCGGGUCACUUUGUCCCCCAGUUGAAGCCAGCACAAGCGUACUAUAUGAUCACACAGUUCUUGAAUAAUCAACCACUGUAAGAUCGAUUUAGCCUGUAUUGUUCUAUCUAUCUAUCUAAGUAUCUUCUCCCGGUUUGGAGGUUGAUUGCAACAUCUCUCCAUUUCAUCUUCUGCCAUUCUUGUG